AUGAUGAAUCCCAACAUUCUCCCUGCAGAAUCAUGGGUAACACAUGCUGCAUACUUUGUAGCAACAGAUGGAAACGUUUUCAAGACAAAUCUAAUGACCAAGGACAAAAUAGGGAUUAAAUUCUUCCCAUACUGCAUAGUUUGGACCAAGGUUAUUGGUAGUAAUUUGCCAAACAAAUAUAUUGUAGUAGGAAUGGAUGUCUACUCAGCAGCAAUUAAACUCCAAAUUCUCCCCACAGGAAUCAAAUUCAAAAGAGAAUUCAAACCCUAUUCUGGGAUACUGAAACUGUACUCACUUUCUAAGGUUCAUGCUGGCUAUGAAGAGAUCAAGUCCAACCUUCUCAGACUAUGUCCAGAUAGCCAUGAGAAAUUCCACCACCCAAAACCUCUAUGGAAGAAUAAAGACUUCUUCGUUCAACUUCCUUUCAAGCUCAAUGAAGAUGUUAAUCCAACCAAGGCCACUCAUCCAGGGAUGAGUCCAUCAGAUUACGUAUUAGAUAGGGAAGAAUGCAAUCAACUGCUCAAACAAGGUCUGAUAGAACCUACCAAAUCAGAGUGGGCUUGCCAAGCAUUCUAUGUGGAAAAAAGAUCUGAAAAGUUGAAGGGAAAAAAGAGGCUAAUAAUUGAUUACAAACCUCUAAACCAUUUUCUCAAAGAUGAUAAAUUUCCCAUUCCAAAAGCCUCGUCCUUAAAUGUUUUCAUUAAAGAUGCCCAUAUCUAUUCAAAGUUUGACCUUAAGUCAGGAUUUUGGCAAUUGGGGAUCGACCAUGGAGAUCGCUAUAAAACGGCGUUCUGCAUUCCUAACGCCCAAUACCAAUGGACAGUGUUACCGUUUGGGCUUAAGGUAGCCCCAUCACUCUUUCAAAAAGCCAUGACUAGAAUUUUUGAGCCCAUCCUCAACAGUACCCUCAUCUAUAUUGAUGAUGUGUUAUUGUUCUCAAAAGAUGAAAAAACCCAUAAAUAA